AUGACCGUCCUUGCCAAGUCAUCCACCGAACUGCGCUCCGAGUCUGUUCGUUCCCUCUACGACCAGCUCACCGCUCGUCUCAAGGACCUCAACCACCUCAACGGUAUCUCUGGUCUCCUCCAGUGGGACCAGGAGGUCAUGAUGCCUUCCAAGGCUGCCGCCUCCCGUGCUGACCAGUUGAGCACUUUGGCUGGUGUCUCCCACGAGAUGCAGACCUCGUCAGUCCUCGGAUCCCUCCUCGAGGAGCUCGAACAGCGCCAGGACUUGUCCGCCGAGCUCAACCCCUACGAGCUCGCCAAUAUCCGCCUCUCUCGCAAGACCUACAAGGAAGAGACCCUCUUGCCCGUCGAGCUCGUCAAGGCCAAUGCCGCGUUGAACUCAAAGUCGGUCGGUGCCUGGGUCGAGGCCCGAAAGGAGUCGGACUUUUCCAAAUUUGCCCCUUUCCUCCAGGACCAGGUCAACAUUCUCCGCCAGAAGGUCGCCUACAAGAUGAAGGGCGGCGUCUGCGAGGAGGCCCGCAAGAUCAACGAGAAGGCCCGCGCCAGCUUGGGUCUCACCGAGACCGAUGAGUGCUACAAGGGAUACUACCAGGCCCUCUUGAACGACUACGAGCCUGGUUUCAAGGAUGACCGUCUCCAGGUCCUCUUCUCGGACUUGAAGCAGAACUUGGUCCCCCUCAUUGCCAAGAUCAAGGCCAAGAACUUCCAGCACGACAACAGCUACAUCGAGGGCGACUUUGAUGUCAAGAAGCAGACUGAGUUCUCCCACCGCAUCUCCAAGCAGAUCGGUUUCGAUACCGAUGCCGGUCGUCUUGAUGUUUCGACCCACCCCUUCACCGGAGGUGCUCACCCCACCGAUGUCCGUAUGACUACUCGUUACACCAUCAACAACUUCCAGGAGGGUAUCACCGGUACCAUCCACGAGACUGGCCACUCUCUCUACGAGCAGGGCCGUAACAAGGAGUUUGUCGACACCCCUGUCUCCCAAGCCCUCUCCCUCGGUGUCCACGAGUCGCAGUCCCUCCUCUGGGAGCGCAUGGUUGCCCUGAGCAAGCCCUUCUGGACAUACACUCUCCCCCUCCUCAAGGAGCAGUUCCCCGACCGCGAGGACCUCCAGGCCGUCACCCCCGAGCAGUACUACAACGCCUUCAACCGCGUCGAGCCCGGCUUCAUCCGCAUCGAGGCCGACGAAGUCACCUACCCCAUGCACGUCAUCCUCCGUUACGAGAUCGAGAAGGCCCUUGUCGAGGGCGACAUCCAGGUCGCCGAUGUCCCUGCCCUUUGGAACGCCAAGAUGAAGGAGUACUUGGGUCUUGAGGUCACCGAGGACCGUAUCGGAUGCUUGCAGGAUACCCACUGGGCUGUAGGCUUGAUCGGUUACUUCCCUACCUACACUCUUGGAUCCAUCUACGCCGUCCAGAUCUUUGCCACUGCCAAGGCGGCUAUUCCCAACUUGGAUGAGAACUUGGCCAAGGGCGAGUUCCCUGUGUUGAAGGAGUGGUUGAACAAGAAUGUUCACGAGCAGGGUUCGUUGAGGGAAUCUGGUGAUGAUUUAAUCUUUGAUUUGACUGGCAAGCACCUUGACAGCUCGUUGUAUGUCAAGUACUUGACUGACAAGUAUACCGCCAUUUACGAUCUUUAA